AUGUGCUCAGGCUUCCAAGCUGCCUGGCUAGAUAGAUACCUUCAAAUGGAACAAAUCGAGGAUAGCCUUGGCAAUUUCUCAGGAAGUGAUCUAUUCCCUGAGAAUUCGUUUCCUUCAGUUACCAAAACCAGGAUGGUUAAAAUUCACCCCGAGUCUUUGCAAAACAUAAUGCAUGUCCUUGAGGUUGAGUACCACAGAAUCUGUGAUGAGCUUGGUGAAAAUGAAAGGAAAAACAAGAUUGAGAUUUCUGGUUCACUAGAAGUUAAACUGGAUUAUAUGUUGAACAAUCUGCAAGAGGCUAGAAAGAAAAGGAGGGGGAGGUGGGAUGAAUUUGUGGAUGUUAUACAAGAGUUAGAGGGUUAUUCGAGCUCCAUGCGCCCUGUUCAGUUCAGACCGUCAGCUGUUCUGCUGUCUCAUAAACCCAAUUUGUCCUUGAAACGACUCAGAGAGCUGAAGUAUUUGCUGAAGUUGUUUCAAAAGGAUAAGAAUACUCCCAGACACUUCAAAGCUAUAUACUUGUUAUGUGAUGAUCUGAAUCUUGACUUUGCGGAAGAGAUAUUCAAAAGUGACAAGGAAGAUGAUGGCUCGACAGUUUUUAUGUUAGAGGACGUGGUGAAAAGAUUGGAGGUGCUAAAGAAAGAGAGAUUAACAAAUACUGCUAAUGAUAGUAACCUGGAAAGAAAGUUGAUGGAGGAAAUUUCGAAGAAGAAGAAAGUGCUCUCCGAACUUGUCAGCCAAAGCCAUUUGAAUGCACAAGAUUAUGAACUCGACUUCAGCAUGCAUGAUGUGAAAGCAGGAAAAGAGGACGCAACGUUGAUCAUCAAGAAGCUGCAAGGUUUAAUAAUGAAGUUGAAAAAAGAACUUAAAUUGAGAGAAGAUAUUAUUGAUGGGGCUGAGAAGAUUUUUAACACACAUAAUGAGGAGAUUCAGCUUGUACGUUUCAGAAGUGAAAUAGGAGCGUUGCUGGAGAAGCUAGAAACCUGGGAGAGCUAUCAUAAGGAGGAGUUUAUGUACAAUGAGAAAACAUUUGCAGAUGCACCUAAAGACAAAAUUACUGACGAGAAUGCAGAAGGUGUUACAUAG